GAGGAUUUGGGUCAGUUUCAGGUGAUUUUGGUCAAUUUCAGUUUCUUUUGGUCAAUUUCAGACGAUUUUGGGUCAUUUUGGGGGAUUUUGGGUCCAUUUCAGUUGAUUUUGGGUGCAUUUCAGGGGAUUUUGGGUCCGCCAGGUGACUUUAAGGUGAUUUUGGGUCAAUUUCUGGCAAUUUUGGUUCCAUUUCAGUUGAUUUUGGGUCCAUUUCACUUCAUUUUGGGUUCAUUUCAGGCGAUUUUGGGUCCUUUAAGGGAUUUUGUGUCUAUUUCUGGUGAUUUUGGGGCCGUUUCAGGCAAUUUUGGAUCCAAUUCAGGCGAUUUUGGGUCAAUUUCAGGCAAUUUUCGGUCCAUUUCUGGUGAUUUUGUGUCAAUUUCAGACAGUUUUGGGUCCAUUUCAGGCGAUUUUGGGUCCUUUAAUGUGAUUUUUUUUUGUCCAUUUCAGGUAAUUUUGGGUCAAUUUCAGGGGAUUUUGGGUCCCCCAGGUGACUUUAAGGUGAUUUUGGGUCCAUUUCAGUUGAUUUUUGUUCAAUUUCAGGCGAUUUUGGGCCCCUUUAAGGCAAUUUUGGGUCAAUUUCAGGUGAUUUUGGGCCUCUUUAAAGUCAUUUUGUGUCCAUUUCAGGCAAUUUUGGGUCCAUUUCAGGCGAUUUUCAGUCAAUUUCAGGCGAUUUUGGGUCCAUUUCAGGUGAGCCCACCUGGGCAGGUGCGAUGGCCGAGCCCGGCCCCGCCCCCGAGGAGCCCCCCCGGGACCCCCCGGGGCCGCUGGCGCUGCUGCGCUCGCGCGCGCGCUCGACGUCACCUUCGAGGUGGGCGACGACUACGAGGUCAUCGAGACCAUCGGCACCGGCGCCUACGGCGUGGUCAGCUCGGCACGCCGGCGCGACACAGGCCAGCAGGUGGCCAUCAAGAAGAUCCCGAACGCCUUCGACGUGGUGACCAACGCCAAGCGCACGCUGCGCGAGCUGAAGAUCCUCAAGCACUUCAAGCACGACAACAUCAUCGGCAUCAAGGACAUCCUGCGGCCGGCCGGGCCCUACGCUACGUGGUGCUGGACCUGAUGGAGAGCGACCUCCACCAGAUCAUCCACUCCUCCCAGCCGCUCACCCUCGAGCACGUCCGCUACUUCCUCUACCAACUCCUGCGCGGCCUCAAGUACAUCCACUCGGCCAACGUCCUCCACCGCGAUCUCAAGCCCUCCAACCUGCUCGUCAACGAGAACUGCGAGCUCAAGAUCGGCGACUUCGGCAUGGCGCGCGGCCUGGGCGCCGACGCGCGCCACGCCAAGCCCUUCCUCACCGAGUACGUCGCCACGCGCUGGUACCGCGCGCCGGAACUUCUGCUGUCUCUCCACCGUUACACGCGCGCCAUCGACAUGUGGUCGGUGGGCUGCAUCUUCGCCGAGAUGUUGGGGCGCCGCCAACUCUUCCCGGGACGCAAUUACGUCCACCAGCUGCAGCUGAUCAUGGCGGUGCUGGGCACGCCGCCGCCCGGCGUCAUGGCGGCCAUCGGCGCCGAGCGCGUCCGCGCCUACGUGCAGAGCCUGCCGCCGCGCCCGCCGGUGCCCUGGGAGAGCCUCUUCGGCGACGCCGAGCCGGAGGCGCUGGCGCUGCUCGGCAGGAUGCUGCGCUUCGACCCGCGGGAGAGGGUGGGCGUGGCCGAGGCGCUGCGCCACCCGUUUCUGGCGAAAUACCACGACCCCGAGGACGAGCCCGAGUGCGUGCCGGCGUUCGACUUCGCCUUCGACCGGCAGGCGCUGACCAAGGAGGAGAUCAAGGCGGCCAUCGUGGCCGAGAUCGCCGACUUCCACGCGCGGCGCGACGGCAUCCGGCGGCAGAUUGCGCCGGCGCCGCCCGCGGUGGGCGUGGCCGGUGCCGCCAACAAGGCCGGCGUCGACGUCAACAUGGCCAACGUCGACGCAACCAACAACGGAGUCAACGCGGUCAACGCCGACCUCAACGCGAACGUCAACGUCGCCAUGGCGGCCGCCAACGGGCCGGCGUGGCCGCCCUGCGCCGACGUGGACAUGCCCAGCCCGGGCCCCGCCCCCGACUGCCCCAUGGACUCGCCGCGGGUGAAGGCGGAGCCGGGCGCGGCACCAGCGCCGGCGGCGGCGCCCAAGAGGGACGGCGCCAUCUCGGACGACACCAAGGCGGCGCUGAAGGCGGCGCUGCUGAAGUCGGCCAUGAGGAACAAGAGUAAAGACCCGCCCUGCGCCGCCCCGGAGGCGCCCGAGGGCCGCAAGCCGGUGACGGCGGCCGAGCGCCAGCGCGAGCGCGAGGAGAAGCGCCGGCGCCGCCAGGAGCGCGCCAAGGAGCGCGAGAAGAAGCAGCGCGAGCGCGAGCGCCGCGAGCCCCGCCCCCGCGGGGAGGGGCUCAACGGCCUCGUCCUCACCGACGACGACCGACACCUCCUGGAGCGCUGGACCAAGAUGGCCGACGGCGCCCCGCCCCGCCAGCCGGCCCCGCCCCGCCCUCAAGCCCCGCCCCCCUGCCCGGCACCGCCCCCGGCGUGGGCGGGGCCUGAGGCGUGGGUGGAGCCCGCCGGCGACGCCGACGUCGCCACGGUGACGCAGCAGCUGCAGAAGUCGCAGGUGGAGGAUCCGCUGCCGCCCGUGUUCCCGGUGACGCCCAAGGGCAGCGGCGCCGGCUACGGCGUCGGCUUCGACCUGGAGGAGUUCCUGAGCCAAUCGCUGGACAUGGUGGGGGAGCCCAAGGACAGGCCGACUCGGCGCCGCUCUCGGCGUCGCUCUUGGCCGACUGGCUGGAGGUUCACCGCCUCAGCCCCGCCGCGCUCGAGAGCCUCCAGCGCGACCUCCAGCUGGGCUCGCCCAUGCUGCUGGCCGACGACGACCCCUGACCCCGCCCCCGCCCCGGCCACGCCCCUUUUCGGCCCCGCCCGCAUUAAAUUUGUAUCAAAACUCCCAUUUCUGGCGUUUUUUUGGGGGCGAAAACGGCGAUUUCGGCCAUCUUGGAUGGCGGGGAUGAGGAGGAAGAGGAGGAGGAGGAGAAGGAGGGGGAGGGGAGGAAGAAGAGGCGGAGCCGGCUGCGUUUUUGGCGAUGGCUUUCGUAGCAAAGACGUCACAGGCCGCGGGGGGAGGGGCAACGCCGAGCGCAGGGGGAGGGGGGAAAGGGGGAGGGGCAAAGGGAGACCCCGCCCCCCGUCCUGUGGAGGGACGCUCCCGGUGUGGGGGAGGGGCGCUGGGGGAGGGGCCCCGGCGGGGCGGGAAAUCUAAGGGGGGGGUGGGGUCAUCGAUGACGUCAUCGGGUCGUUGAGACGGCCAUCGAUGACGUCAUCGGGUCGUGGAUUGGGUGGACAGUGAGGUCGUUGGGUUAUUGAUGACGUCAUGGGGUUAUUGAUGACGUCAUGGGGUUAUUGAUGACGUCAUUGGGUAAUCAACAGGUUCAUCAACGGGGUCGUUGGGUCCUUGAGAUGACGUCAUCAGGUCGUUGACUGGGUCAUCAAUGAGGUCAUUGGUUCGUUGAUGACGUCAUUGGGUUAUUGAUGAGGUCGUUGGGUCAUUGAUGAUGUCAUUGGGUCAUUGAUUGGGUCAUCAAUGAGGUCAUUGGUUCAUUGAUGAGGUCAUUGGGUCAUCAGUGGGGUUCUUGGAUUAUUGAUGACAUCAUUGGGUCAUUGAUGACACCAUUGGGUUGCUGAUGACGUC